CACUUUAACUUAACAAAACACAUUGAAUUGUUUUAAUCAAUUCAUUUUCUCUCAAAAUAAUUUGAUUCGUUAAAAAUAAAUUAUAUUUGGGCAACUUUAAAACAGUUUUCUUAUCUACAUGAUUUGUAUAUAACCUCUGAGUAACCAACUACAAUGGAUGUCGGCGAACUUCUUUCUUUUAAACCCACGCCUACACCGAAACGACCUAAUGAAGACGAAUUGGAAGAUUCUGACGAUGAAACCACUCGGCCUACUAAAACGCGACGCGUUAACAAAUCUGCAGCAGAACGUUUUGCUACUAAUAGAGUUCUUCCAAAGGAACCAACCAUUACAGACAAAGAAAGAGAAGAUAUCCUUAAAUUUGUUGAAACCGAAGCGACUGAAGGUGAAGUUUUGGAUGAAACAGCUGUAAAGAAAUUAGUUCUUAACUUUGAAAAGAAAGCACUUAAGAAUAGAGAAAUGAGGAUUAAGUUUCCAGAUCAGCCUGAGAAGUUUAUGGAAAGUGAAAUUGACUUAUUUGAAGCAUUACAGGAUUUAAGUGCAGUGGCAACAGUUCCAGAUCAGUAUCCCUUGUUGGUGGAGUUGAAAUGCAUCAAUUCAUUGUUAGAAUUACUGUCACAUGACAAUACUGAUGUUUCUACUAAAGUAGUUCAUCUUCUACAGGAACUGACAGAUGUUGAUAUUUUACACGAGAGUGAGGAAGGUGCUGAGGAGUUAAUAAAUGCUUUAGCUGAAGCUGAAUGUCCCGCGUUGCUACUUCAUAAUCUGGCUCGUCUAGAUGAACAAGUGCCAGAUGAGAGGGACGCUGUUCAUAAUACAUUAGGUAUCAUUGAAAAUAUAACCGAGUUUAGGCCAGAGUUGUGCAUAGAAGUGGCAAAACAAGGUUUCAUACAAUGGAUACUUAAGAGAUUAAAGAUGAAAGUACCAUUUGAUGGAAACAAAUUGUAUGCAACUGAAAUACUAUCAAUACUACUACAAAACACUCCGGAGAAUAGAAAGUUGCUUGGAGAUCUUGAUGGCAUUGAUGUUCUACUGCAGCAAUUAGCUUUUUACAAACGUCAUGAUCCCAGCGGAGCCGAAGAACAAGAAGCAAUGGAAAAUAUGUUCGAUAGUCUUUGUUGUGCUUUGAUGGAACCUUUGAAUAGAGACAGGUUUUUGCGAGGAGAAGGUUUACAACUCAUGAACCUUAUGCUGAGGGAAAAGAAAAUGUCCCGUAAUGGUUCAUUAAAAGUUUUGGAUCAUGCUUUGGCGGGGUCCGAUGGAAAGGAUAAUUGUAACAAAUUUGUUGACAUAUUGGGUCUUCGAACCGUGUUUCCUCUCUUUAUGAAAACACCAAAAAGGAAAAGAUUAUUGACUAUUGAUCAACAUGAAGAGCAUGUUGUGUCCAUAAUAUCAUCGAUGUUACGCAACUGUCAAGGCAGUCAGAGACAGCGACUGCUGGCUAAAUUCACUGAAAACGAUCUUGAAAAAGUUGACAGAUUGUUGGAAUUACACUUUAAAUAUAUGGAUAAAGUAGAUCGAACAGAGAAAGAAAUGGAGCAAGAAGCUGAAAAUCUGGAUGAUGACGCGCAGUAUUUAAAAAGGUUGUCAGGUGGUUUGUUUACGUUGCAGCUCAUUGAUAGAAUCAUUUUAGAGGUGUGUACUGCAGGACCUCCUACUGUAAAACAGCGAGUACAACGGGUGCUCUCCCUACGAGGUGGUUCUUUGAAGAUCAUUCGCCAUGUUAUGAGAGAAUAUGCGGGCAACCUGGGCGACGCCGGGAGCGAAGAGUGGCGCCAGCAGGAGCAACAACACAUUCUUCAAUUAGUUGAUAAAUUCUAAAUCAUUUAGUGGUUAUGUUUUUAAUAAAACGAAAAAUAAACAUUAAAAUAACUUUA